UUUGUUUUUACUUCUUAUCUCUGUGUGUCUAUAUGUCGGAUUCAAAAGGGGUUUUAAAAGAAAAGGAAAAAAAGAAGAAAAUAAGCAAAAAGUCAGAUAGAUCUUGGGUAGGUAUUGAAGUUUUUCACCAUUAAAGGAACUUUAUUAAUCAGGAAAGGAAAACAGAGAAAAUUUAUUCAAGAUUUUUCUGUGAAUCAUUGAAGAAACAAAGAAAAAUAGAAUCAACAACACUCCCAAAAAAUGAGUAUUACAACUCCUUGGAAAACCCAACAAUCUUUAACAAGAAAGCUUCUACCUUAUGUUCUUUAUGCCAUUAUUCCUUUAGCCCUCCUUCAUUUUUACCUAUACCCUUCUCCUCCUCUUCCUGAAAUUCAUGCUAAAUAUCAUUUUUCUAAUCUUACCCCUUUUUCUUCUUCAAUAUCAUCCUCCUCCUCCUCAUCAUCUCCUAAAGAACAAAAAAGGGAAAAUGGGGUAUUGGAUUCAGUGUCACAACUUUCCAAAGAAAAUGGGAACGAAAUUUUACAUCCAGAAUCCAUUGAACGUCCCGAAGAAAAAGGAAGUGAAAAUGUGGUUUUACCAGACAAGAAGGUAAAUGAAAUUGCAUCAACUUGUGAUUACACAAAUGGGGAAUGGGCUAUAGAUAAGAAGGGUCCAUUGUACAAUGGCACAAGCUGUGGAACUAUCAAGGAUGGGCAAAAUUGCUUGAGCCAUGGGAGGCCUGACAAGGAUUACCUUUAUUGGAGGUGGAUGCCGCGGGACUGCAAACUACCCAGGUUUGAUCCUCAUUCGUUUUUACAAAUUCUUGAAGGAAAACAUUUAGCUUUUGUUGGGGAUUCCAUGGCAAGGAACCAAUUAGAAUCUUUACUAUGCAUGUUAGGCUCGUUUUCGCCUCCUAAUCUGAUUUACUCGAAAGGGGAUGACUAUAAAUUCAGGAGAUGGCAUUUUCCUUCUCAUAAUGUCAAUGUUUCUGUUUAUUGGUCUCCUUUUCUUGUUAAAGGGAUUGAGAAAACAAAUGAUGGAAAACAAAAUUACAACAAAUUAUUCUUUGAUUCUAUUGACGAAAAGUGGGGUUCCGAUCUAGAUUCAAUUGAUAUGGUGGUGUUGUCGAUUGGUCAUUGGUAUUUACAUCCUGCUGUUUAUCUUGAUGGGGAUUUAGAGCUCGGGUGUCACUCUGUUGACAGCGUAAAUUGCACUGAGGUUGAGUUCUUUGAUGUGUUUGGCAAGGCUUUUAACACCACCUUAAAGGCAAUUAUUGAAAGGAAGCUAAAAUCGGAGGGAAAUGGCAUUGAUGUUAUUGUGACAACAUUUUCACCGCAUCAUUUUGAAGGGGAAUGGGAUAAAUUUGGGGCUUGCCCUAAAACAAAGCCAUACAUGGAAGAUGAGAAGUCCCUUGAAGGAAUGGAUGCCCAUAUGAGGCAAGUAGAGGUUGAAGAAGUGGAAAAGGCUAUGGUUCUGUUAAAUGCUGAUAACGAUAUUUCACGUAAGGUUAGGUUAACAGCGUUAGAUAUCACCAAGUUGGCGAUGUUGAGACCCGAUGGUCACCCCGGUCCUUACAUGUAUCCCAACCCAUUUGCUGAUGGGAUUAAAGAACGUGUUCAGAAUGAUUGCGUGCAUUGGUGCUUGCCAGGGCCGAUUGAUGCGUGGAACGAGAUCAUGCUCGAUGUUAUGAAGAGAUGGCAUACUGCAUCAAUCAAAUGAGAGCGAUAUUAACGUCCUUUUCAGUGCUAACUCAAUGUGAGUUUUUCUUAACCUUUGGUCAAACUGAUUAAAAGCAUGUUUUUGAAAAAAGAAACUAUCAUAAACAUGUUGCCAAACGACGUUGGUCAAGGAUCUUUGUUGUAUGCUUCCUUUUGUAUCGACGUAUGUGUAACGAUGUGGGAACAGACUGUGCCCUGAAGUCCAGCUGCCUGUUGCAAGAUCUGCAUGAAUGUCGACUACAGUUGUCACGGUUUUGUUAUAGAUGGCAAUUCUUGUUCUGCAAGUUGUUUAUAUUCAUGAAUUGUCUUCAAACAAAGGUAGAUUUUAGCAUGCUAAUUUUUUUAUCAGCUUACAGAAGUUCAAAUUAUGGACUGUUUGACUUGUCCUUCAUUUGUUGGGUGGUAAUACAAAGUACUUCUGUACUUGAAUAUGUAUUCCAAAGCGGGUUAUUUUUAUUGUGAUAACAAGGUUUACAUAUGGAGAUGUUUGAUGAUCAGAAAUUAGAUGCUAAGCAUGCAGGUGAAAGUAAAUAGGCUUGAUCUUUUUUAAUUGCAAUCUUUUCAUGUGUGCUAUUAAAUGAAUCAUUUUAAUAUGUAAUGCUUUUAGUUAGACAUAAAUAAAAAUGAGAGUUGAUUAAUUAAU